AAUGACUGGUGGGCGGAGACUUCUCGUGUGAACAUAGGUUUUUGUACCUGCCUGCUGAACUAGCCUGAUAUCUCUUUAAUUUGUGAAGUCUAUAAUCCUACUGUCUAUAGACAAGAACUCGUAUGGUGCAAAGAGGGCUAGACGCUUAACGUGCUCAAAGGGUUUUGCUUUCCUCUCACCAUGGAGAAACAGUUGCAAUUGAAUUUGCUAUCCUCCAAACCUCCAAUGGCAGAUUUGCAGUCGGGGUCUAAAUUAAGAAUGGGACCAGGAAGAAAACGAGAUUUUACUCCUCUGCCCUGGAGUCAGUACUUUGAAACCAUGGAGGAUGUGGAGGUGGAAAACGACAACAGCAAAGACACAUUCAGAAUUUACAGCAGUGGCUCUCAAGGUCCUGUCCUGCUACUGCUUCAUGGGGGAGGUCACUCUGCUCUUUCUUGGGCAGUUUUUACUUCUGUUAUAUGCAGCAGAAUUAACUGCAGGGUUGUAGCUAUGGACCUUCGAGGACAUGGUGAUACUACAGUCAAGAACCCCGACGAUCUCUCUGCUGAGACAAUGGCUAAGGAUAUUGGAAAAGUGGUGGAGGCCCUUUACAGUGAAAACCCACCACCUAUCAUGAUUAUUGGUCACAGUAUGGGCGGAGCAAUAGCAGUUCACACCGCUGCAGCCAAUCACGUGCCAUCACUGCUUGGUCUUUGUGUAAUUGAUGUAGUGGAAGGUACAGCCAUGGACGCCUUGAACAGCAUGCAGAACUUUCUGAGGAGUCGACCAAAAACGUUUAAAUCUGUGGAGAAUGCCAUAGAAUGGAGUGUGAAAAGUGGACAGAUCAGGAAUGUUGAAUCUGCACGGGUGUCCAUGGUUGGACAAGUGAAAAAAUGUGAUGAGCCCUUAAGUAGUCCAGGGGUUUCCAAGGGCAUCAGUGAAGGAAUUAUUGAAGAAGAGGAGGAGGAGGAUGAAGAAGGUGAAUCCAACCACAAAAGGAAGAAAGAUGAUGAUCAAGAGAUAAAGAAAGAAAAUCUGUACACCUGGCGUAUUGAACUCUCAAAGACAGAGAAGUAUUGGGAAGGCUGGUUUAAGGGACUGUCUUCUCUCUUUCUCACCUGCCAUGUGCCAAAACUCCUCCUGCUAGCUGGUGUUGACAGGCUUGAUAAAGAUCUUACCAUUGGGCAAAUGCAGGGAAAGUUCCAGAUGCAGGUUCUUCCAGAAUGUGGCCAUGCUGUUCAUGAAGAUGUCCCUGAAAAAGUAGCUGAUGCUCUAGCCACCUUCAUGGUCCGUCACAAGUUUACUGAAUUCAAGGAGGGUUUCCCCUGACAAUGUAUAAUCUCCACUCGUAGUUUUCAUCCAGCGACAUGCCAUCCCUCGCUGCCCUCUUGCUCUCCACCAGGGUUUACAAUACAACCAAAACCAUGACAACGCCUCUUCUGCAAAGUAUUUCUUAGCACUUUGUUCUUACAUUAUGUUCAGUUUUGUAUGACUUUAUGUAUGUUUGCUGUAGUCAUUUAACAUGGCAAUUUUGGCUUAAUAAAAUAAAAAUUUUGAAUCAUUAUGUAAAUUUACAUUUUAAUUUUCCCCUGAAAGAAUUUCUUAUGCAUUUCCUUUGAUGCCUUGCUUGUUGUUGUAACUAGGAUGAUUGCAUCAUGUUGUGUUCAAAGUGUUUGUCAUUGCUGAUUUCCAGGUCAAUAAUAAAAGGGUUUCAGCA